CACGAUCAAAUUUUCCCUCGGGCACUAGCUAGCCGCCUUCUUUUUGGAAGGAAAUGAGGGGCAAUGUGGACCUUCCUGAGUCCUCCCCCUCGUUGUUGGGCCACUUCACCUCGUUUUUUUUUCUUUCUGUUGGAGUCCACCUCGAGGCAGACCAUCGGCCGCGUCUCAAGUGUGCCUCUCUCUUUUCGUCCCAUCCAUCCAUACCUUACCGGCCAGACACAAACAGACACACAGCGCCGUUUGGCACACACGAAAAUUCUCACCAGAGGGAGCGCUUUGUUCCGAGUGACCUCGAUCUACUUUGCCAACGAUAAGACAUCCACAGCUUCGAACUCUGCCCCUCCACCCCGCCCAAUCCCUGUCAGACACACAAGGUAGGUUGCCGCGCAGCCCAACCUGGGCCCCCUCCUUGCCCCUCGACGACGCCGCC